UCAUUUUUGCAUCCCACAAGUUUGGAAUCUCUUUUUCACCAUUUCCCUCCUUUUUCUUGUUCGAGUUCAGAGGAACCCGUCUUCUAGGGUUUUCCCAUUAAUCUACUCUCCACACUCUGUUCAAAUUCGAGCUUACUUUUUCCAUAGCAUAAUUCAUUGUGUUGUUCCGGAACUCGAUUCGUCUUUUUCCCUAGAGAAAUGGCUAUCUGCUUCCAUGGUUUUGCUCUAAACCUAGGGGUUUUUUUGCCCUAAACCGACGGUUUUGUGCUUGUUCAGUGUUCUGAAGCUAGGGUUUCUGUUUCCAUAAGGGGAUUGGUUCUUUCAGUUUGAAUUCAUGCAGGGGACUGAGCUUCAAACCUUAGUCCCCUGUAAUUCGCGAUUCGGUGGUUCUCAAUUGUAUGAUGAGCAUAGGGCAUUUGCAGAGCUCAAUUAUUGGGUUUCCUCUUCGAAGUUCUCCAAACUCUGGCGAAAAUGGCUGUUCUGCUUACAGGUUCCAGAGAAACCAGAGAACUAAGGUUUUUUCGAUAGGGGCACCGGUUGUCUCCGAAUCCAGAGAGAGAUAUGGUAGAAUUGGGUUUCGGAGGGUUUUUUUUCACAGGACGAUGUCUAGAUUUGGUGAAGGGUUAGCGCCAUUGAGUUCACCACUAAAAAACCAGUUUCGAUUGGAUUGCUUUAGGGAUCCUUUUGGUAGGUCGAGAAAUGUAAUCAUGUCUUUCUUUCCAAUAUGGAAAGAGGGAUUGCUCUUCUUCCGGUGCUCAGUUUUUGCCACUGUAAUUUCUGCCAUGGCAAUAAUGGUGUGGUAUGCUCAAACUAGGGCUCGUGCCUACAUUGAAGCAAGACUCUUACCAUCUGUUUCUUUGACGCUGAGCGAUUAUCUUCAACGGGAGGUUAAUCUUGGUAAAGUUAAACUUGUGUCUCCCUUGAGUGUGAGCUUACACUCAUGUUCAGUUGGGCCUCAUAGUGAUGAAUUCUCGUGCGGGGAGAUGCCAUCCAUAAAGCUUCGAAUUCACCCCUUCGCGAGUCUUAGAAAGGGAAAGUUUGUCGUUGAUGCUAUCCUAUCCAGACCUAAUAUUUUAAUUUCACAGAAAGAGGACUUUUCAUGGCUAGGUAUUCCAGCCCCCUCUGAAAAUGGGUUUCAAAGGCAUCGAUCAGAUGAAGAAGGAUUGGAUUAUCGAACAAAAGUUAGAAGGAUUUCUAGGGAAGAAGCAGCAGCUAAGUGGGCGCAAGAGAGGGUUUUGGCUGCAAAAAAAGCGGCAGAAUUAGGUUAUGUUUUGUCACAACCAGAUGAUUCCAUGGUUUUGUGUCCUGAUACUGACAAUAAUUUGAAUGGUAAAUUUAGUUAUGGAGGACAAGCUUGGGAUCCGGUUUCAUUCUAUAAGGUAGCCGGGCGAAUGGGUACAAAGGAUCAUCAGUGCAUGGAAGAUGGAUCUUUUGAUUAUAGGUAUGGAUUAAAACAUUUGGACUUGGAGAAAUCUUUUGGGAUUAAAUAUUCACCCGAAGGGCUGAGGCGUUCAAGUGUGAUGCCUGAUUCUAUUAGACGCAGGUUCAGGAAAAAGGCUAGGAAGAAAUGUGUUUCUUUGGAGAAUUUGGUAGUGCAAAGGAGAAACCUUGAUAGAAGUGCAGCAGCUGCUCGUGCCUACUUUCAAAGAAUGGCUAGUGGGAAGUCUAGUGCGGGCAACAGUGAAACAGCCACUGAAGAGGGGAUUCAUUCUAGUGUUUCUUAUUCUGAUGGCUCAGAUAAUUCAAAUGCAUCUGGAACAGGGGGGUUUCGUUCUAGUGUUUCUUAUUCUGAUGGCUCAGAUAAUUCAAAUGCAUCUGGAACAGGGGUUACAGAUAUUGAACAAAAGUCAUCUGUAACUCCUGAUUUGGACUCGAACAAUAUGAUUGAGAAAUUUGAGUUACCAAGACCAGCUACAACCAGUUCUGAACCUGAUGUAGUUCAAAAUCAGCCAAUUGAUAUGGACAAAUUUAUUUGCAGUGAGACAUUUCGAAGGGUUCCUAUAUAUGAGCCAUUUUUUAUGGCUAUUCGAUCUCUUGGUCGAUCAGAUAAGUCUAGGAAUGGCUUACCACUUGAUAAAAAACGUGAAAAGUUUGUAAGUGGGGUUAAUACUAAUCUAAACAGUGAUAAAUCUAGCACUAACAGUGUCGAUAGAUCAGCGAAAGAGACUCUUGCAGAAAGAUCUCGAUCUGAUGCUGCCAUGAAAUCCAAAGCAGCUCCUGUGACGUUAGAGUCGCCUACAAAAACAAGCCAGACAAUGAGCAUUUCUUAUUUAAGCCAGAAGUUUCAGUUGGGGUUUUGGUCCAGAGCCACUACAUCAUGGGUUGAUCAUUAUUUGGCUAACUGCAUUGAAAAGAGCAGAACAUUUUUGAAGAUUAAUACUGAACAGCUUGCCACUGAGUUUGCUGAUGGUUUAGAUGAAGGAUAUAUGGGAGGUAUUCAUAAUAGGCUCCCUGUCGCUUUAGAUUCUGUGUACUUCACUGGGGGAACACUGAUGCUUUUAGGAUAUGGUGAUCAGGAACCUAGAGAAAUGGAAAAUGUCCAAGGGCAUGUAAAAUUUCAAAAGCAUUAUGGGCGUGCCCACGUGCAGUUGAGUGGUUGCUGUAAGGAGUGGAGGACUGGUUUGUCUCUUAGUGAAGGUGGGUGGCUUUUGGCAGAUGUGUUUGUUGACAGCAUUGAGCAAAAUUGGCAUGCCAAUCUAAAGAUUGCAAAUCUCCAUGUUCCGCUCUUUGAAAGGAUUUUGGAAAUUCCAAUUACAUGGUCGAAGGGAAGAGCUAGUGGUGAGGUGCACAUAUGCAUGUCAAAAGGCGAGAAUUUUCCCAAUGUUCAUGGGCAACUUGAUGUGAAUGGAUUAGAGUUUCAGAUACUGGAUGCUACCUCGUCUUUCUCAGAAGUAACCGCUAGUUUAUGUUUCCGUGGACAAAGAAUAUUCUUGCACAAUGCAAGUGGUCAGUAUGGUGAUGUAUCUCUUGAAGCAUCUGGAGAUUUUGGUAUAAACCCUGAUGAUGGAGAAUUUCAUCUCAUGUGUCAGGUCCCAUGUGUUGAAGUGAAUGCUCUAAUGAAGACUUUCAAAAUGAAGCCAUUUAUUUUCCCGUUGGCAGGUUCAGUUUCAGCUGUAUUCAACUGUCAAGGUCCUCUAGAUGCACCUGUGUUUGUAGGAAGUGGAAUGAUUUCAAGGAGGACUGCACAUUCAAUAAUGAACUAUCCUGUGUCAUCUGCAUCUGAAGCUGUUCUGAGGAACAAGGAUACUGGGGCUGUUGCAGCAAUGGACCGAAUUCCAUUUUCCUAUGUUUCUGCUAACUUUACUUACAGCACUGAUAGUAGUAUUGCUGACUUGUAUGGUAUUAGAGUGAGCCUUUUGGAUGGCGGUGAAAUUCGUGGGGCUGGAAAUGCAUGGAUCUGUCCUGAGGGUGAGAUGGAUGAUUCUGCAUUUGAUGUUGACUUAUCCGGAAAAUUGAACUUUGACAAGGUGCUAGACCGGUAUAUGCCAGCCGAAAUAAAGCUAAUGCCCCUUAAACUUGGAUAUAUAAAUGGAGAAACCAAGCUUUCCGGAUCUCUCUUGAAACCGCGAUUGGACAUUAAAUGGGCUGCACCCGAUGCAGAAGAAUCUUUCAAUGAAGCACGUGGGGAUAUCAUUCUCUCUCAUGAAUGCAUCGCCAUUAGUUCUUCGUCACCUGCUUUUGAUUUGAUAAUGAAAGUUCGAACAGCCUAUCCUGAUGACUACCUAUUAAAGAACAAUGUUUCCAACAUGGGAAGCACCAUCACUUCUGUUAUUGAAGGAGUUGAACUUGAUUUGCGGAUGCGUGGGUUUGAGUUUUUUAAUUUGGUCUCUCCCGACCCUUUUGAUUCACCAAGGCCUAUGCAUCUAAAAGCUACGGGAAGGGUAAAGUUUCAUGGAGAAGUGUCCCAAACUAUUCUUGGUGAUGAAAAUGCAUCAAACCUUGAGAAGUUACCGAGACAAUGGGCAUCAGGUCUUAUUGGAGAGAUUUCAUUAUCAGGCAUUCGACUCAAUCAACUGAUGUUGGCUCCCCAGUUAGUUGGAUCGCUAAAAGUAUCUCAUGAGAGCAUGAAGCUGGAUGUCACUGGCAGGCCGGAUGAAAAUUUUACGGUUGAGAUAAUUGGUCCUUUACAGCCUACUAAACAAGAGAAUCUGCAGAAGGGAAGAAUCAUUUCGGCUUCCCUUCAAAAGGGGCAACUUCGAGCUAAUGUUUGUUAUGUGCCUCAAAAGUCCGCGAGCCUGGAGAUACGACAUUUACCACUUGAUGAGUUGGAGCUUGGUUCUCUCCGUGGUUCUAUACAGAAGGCAGAGCUCCAACUGAAUUUUCAAAAACGCAAAGGCCAUGGAAUCUUAUCAGUUAUUCGUCCAAAAUUCAGUGGUUUGCAGGGGGAAGCCCUUGAUUUAUCUGCUCGAUGGAGUGGGGAUGUGAUCACUAUAGAGAAAAGUGUGCUAGAGCAGGCCAUUAGCAGAUAUGAACUCCAGGGUGAGUAUGUCUUGCCUGGCAUUCGUGAUCGUCAUGCUGGAGCUGAAGAGAAGGAUGGCUUAUUGAAACGGGCAAUGGCUGGUAAUCUGGGAAGUGUGAUUUCUUCUAUGGGAAGGUGGCGAAUGAGACUAGAAGUUCCUUGUGCAGAAGUUGCUGAAAUGCUGCCACUUGCACGGCUUCUUUCUCGAAGUAGUGACCCUGCAGUUCGCUCUCGAUCUAAAGAUCUUUUUAUGCGAGGUUUACAAAGUGCUGGGUUCUUGGCAGAAAGCCUCCGAGAGCAACUAGAGGCAAUACGGCAGCAGUAUGUUUCUUUAGAUGAGGCUAUCCUUGAAGAUGUUAGUCUUCCAGGUCUGGCAGAGCUCAAGGGAUAUUGGCAUGGUUAUCUUGAUGCCAAAGGAGGUGGCAAUGGGGACAGCACUGCUGACUUUGAUUUCCACGGCCAAGAUUGGGAAUGGGGAACCUACAAAGCUCAACGGGUUCUUGCAGCUGGGGCAUAUAGCAAUAACGAUGGCCUGCGGCUUGAGAAAAUUCUCAUUCAAAGAGAUGAUGCAACUAUUCAUGCUGAUGGAACUUUGCUGGGCCCGAAAACCAAUCUCCAUUUUGCUGUUCUAAACUUCCCAAUUGACCUUGUUCCCACACUUCUUCAGGUUAUAGAGUCAUCUACUGCAGAUCCUUUACACUCUUCCUGGGCAUUGUUUACUCCUGUCAAGGGAAUAUUACACAUGGAAGGAGAUCUUAGAGGAAGCCUUAGAAGGCCGCAGUGUGACGUGCAAGUAAGGCUUCUCGAUGGAGCUGUAGGGGGGAUUGAUCUGGGGCGAGCUGAAAUUGUUGCUUCCAUUACAUCAGAAAGUUGUUUUAUUUUCACUGCCAACUUUGAACCUGCCAUUCAAAGUGGUCACGUGCACAUUCAAGGGAGUGUUCCCCUAACUUCUUUCCAAAAUGAGGCAUUAGACAGAGAAGAAACUGAGGGAUAUACAAACAACUCGAAGUGGGCCCCAGGUUUGAUGAAAGAAACUCUUAAAGGAGCCAAUCAGGAUAAACUUGGUGAUUUGAUGGUUGGUAGAAACAAGACUAAAGAAGGUUGGGAGGCUUACUUGUCUGAGAGCCUCUCUGGUUUGGAUUGGAAUAUAUUAGACGUGGGUGAUAUACAAAUUAAUGCAGACAUCAAAGAUGGUGGCAUGAUGCUCUUAACUGCCUUAUGUCCCCAUGCACACUGGCUUCAUGGCAAUGCUGAUAUACUCUUACAGGUCCGAGGUACCGUACAACAACCAAUAGUUGAUGGAAGUGCGUCGUUUCACAGGGCAUCUGUUUCCUCUCCGGUGCUACCAAAACCCCUUGCAAAUUUUGGGGGCACUGUUCAGGUGAAAUCUAAUCGGCUAAGUAUCAAUACUUUAGAGGGUCGUGUGAGCAGAAAGGGGAAGCUAAUGGUUAAAGGGAAUCUGCCGCUAAAAACUAGUGAAUUGUUGCCUGGAGAUAAAAUUGAUUUGAAAUGUGAAGUUCUAGAAGUACGGGCAAAGAAUAUCUUCAGUGGCCAGGUCGACAGUCAGAUGCAGAUAACUGGUUCCAUAAUGCAACCAAAUGUUUCUGGCAUGAUUAAACUGAGCCAUGGAGAGGCAUAUUUACCUCAUGACAAGGGUACGGGAGCUGCAAUCAAUAGACUGGCAUCAAAUCGCUCAAGCUUCGGUGGAAAGAGUCUACAGGCUGCUUCAGGAAAUUUUUCGCAUUUCUUUGGUACAGAACCUGCAGCUCCACUCACGAAACUUUCUCAAUCAUCAGGUAGAGACGCUAAAGUUGAAAAAAAGUUGGAAAGUCCAAUUGCUAGUCCGAUAGUUGAUGCUCGACUAAGUGACCUCAAGCUUCAUCUUGGACCAGAGUUGAGGAUAGUAUAUCCUUUAAUUAUGAACUUUGCUGUUAGUGGGGAACUGGAGCUUAAUGGUUUGGCCGAUCCUAGAGAUAUAAAGCCUAAAGGAAUUUUGACAUUUGAAAAUGGAGAAGUGAAUUUGUUUGCAACUCAGUUGAGGAUUAAACGUGAUCAUCCAAAUAUAGCGAAAUUUGAGCCUGAUCUUGGCAUAGACCCGACAUUGGAUUUGGCUUUGGUGGGCUCAGAGUGGCAACUUAGGAUCCAAAGUCGGGCCAGCAACUGGCAGGACAAUUUGGUGGUUACCUCAACACGGUCUGUGGAGCAGGAUGUGUUGUCUCCAACAGAGGCAGCUAGGGUCUUUGAGAGUCAACUAAAAGAGUUGUUGGAACGUGAUGGUCAACUUGCAUUCAAGAAGCUUGCAGCUGCAACACUGAAGACUUUGAUGCCAAGGAUAGAAGGGAAGGGACAAUUUGGGCAAGCUCGAUGGAGACUUGUCUCUGCACCUCAAUUCCCUAGCUCUCUUCCACUUGAUCCAACAGUUGAUCCCCUCAAAUCACUGGCUAAUAUUUCAUUUGGUACUGAAGUUGAAAUUCAACUGGGGAAACGCCUCCAGGCUUCUGUGGUGAGGCAGAUGAAUGAAUCAGAGAUGGCAAUGCAGUGGACUCUCCUUUAUCAACUUACCAGUCGACUAAGGAUUCUAUUUCAGUCGGCCCCAUCUACGCGUUUGCUAUUUGAGUACACUGCAACCUCACAAAACUGAUCUUCGAUGAACCCGAUACUUGCUUUGAGAGUGAAAUGUUUGUAUACAGCAAUUCUUUAGCACAAGAAAAGGAAAGAAAAAGGUAAAGAGCAAUCGACUUCUUAGAGAGAAGCCUCUUUGUAUAGCACAUUUGCAUGCAGGUCGAGCAUUACACCUGCAGAUGAUGCUGGUUGUAGAAAAAAAAUUGUAACCCUGUACACAUGUAAAUAUCAUAAUUAUCAUUCUUUUGCUUGUGAAAUGGGAUGUUUUGUUGGUCGAUCAUGACCGCCAUAUAUUUUGUUUUAGCUAUACCGUUGUCGGCUAGUGUGUGUGUGGGUCGAUCAUGACCGCUGUAUAUUUUGUUUUAGCAAUACUGUUGUUGUUGG